AUCUCUACAGCUAUUAUGGAUCAAUUGGACAGCCUGUAACUGUAAACAUUUUUAAAUGUUUCAUUCUCUCUUCUUUCUCUUUCUCAUCAGUUCAUACUAGUUUCAAACUCACAAUCCAAUCUUUUUCUGCAAACAAUCAAAGCUUAUUAUUAGUUGAUCAUUGUGGCAGAAAUGGUGAGAUUAUGUGAUUUGCCAAAGGAAAUAAUUGAGAAAAUCAUGUUGUGGGCACCUGCUGAUUCUGUGUUUCAGUUUAAAUUUGUUAACAAGUUUUGGUAUUCCCUUAUCUCGGGUUUGAUCAACAACCCGGAAUUUGUUUCCAAACACCUUCUCAUCACCAAAAACCAGUCCACUACAUCCUUACUUUUCAACUUGCCAUCCCCCCAUGUGGAUCAUCGCUUGAUCACAUUCCCAUUGUUGACUAUAACCUAUAAUGAUGAUGAUGAUGAUGAUGAUGAUGAUGAUGAUGGUAAGAAGGAUCAUUUCAUAGCAUCCACAGAAGCUUGUAGUGUACCGCUUAUUUGUAACCGGUUGUUGAAUAAAACCCAUGAGGAGGAUGAGGAUGAUGAUGAAGAUUUCAGUGUAAUACUUAUUCCUGAUGCAAGGUACAAGGAUAUGAAUCAAUGGAGGGAGGCUUAUGUAUGUGAUGGACUCAUUUUGCUAGUAAAUAAGUUUUGGACAAUGGUGUUAUGUAAUCCUGCUUUGAAAGAAUUCAUGGUUCUUCCACGACCGUACAACAACACAUUUCAAUCGUCUUUACCUGCUAUAGUAUUUGGAUUCGACCCAGUGAGCAAUGAUUACAAAUGUGUUGCAGUUUGGUGCAGUUACGAAGGAUUGAAAGUUGAGGUAUACACAUUGGGAUCUAAUUCAUGGAGAGAGAUCAACACACAUGAAGACAUAUGGGAUGACAUACAGGAUGAAAUGACGGAAGUUGAGGAAUUAUACGACGGUUUAUGUUGGGGAGGUGUUUGUUACUGGUUGGUUAAGGAUCCAUCCGGUGAGGAUGAUAACAUGAUCUUGAGUUUCAAUUUGAGUAAUGAGGAACUCCAACUCUUUCAUGUGCCAGAUCUUGAAGCUUUGGGCAUUGAAUGUGGUUAUUGGCUCCACCUUUCGGUGUGGAAUGAUUCAGUAAUGAUGUGUUUGACAACUGAAAACUUAAUCAUUCAUAUCUUUAGGAUGGAUGAAGCUGAAGAAGAUUCUUGUACCGAAUAUGAUGUGAAGGUUGGACCAAUACACAAUCAUCACAAAGUGUUACCAUAUUGGAAGAAUGAUGAGAUUCUAAUGAGUAUCUGGAAGGAAGACGAUAUGACUAAUCUAAAAUUGGUGUAUUGCAACAUUUUCACCCAAGAGAUGAGAGAUGUUUGUGAUAUGGAUAAGAGCAUAUUAGAUAGUUCAGUUUGUUCUUAUGUAAAAAGUCUUGUUUCUAUUAGGAGGUAAGUUUGUUUGUUUGUUUGGUUGUGAUCCUGUUAGUGUCACUACCUUAUAAUUGUUCUUAAACAUUUGUGUAUGUUGUUUUGGAAAGUGAUCUCAAUGUAAUGUUUUGUGUUUGUGGAUUGAUUCUGGUUUUUUGACCAUUAAUUCUGUUUGUAAGGUAAUUAUAGUU